CCAAAAAAAAAAACCUUAUACAAAAAUCGUUUUUUUCAGAAGCAGGGUAAUAUUCAUAUCGUUCCUUUAUAAAACCCAAGGUUUUGCUUCUAUUGCAUUGAAAAACAAAGCAAAAGAGUUGAAUUUCUCAAAGCAAUGGGGUUACCAAUUCCUACCCUUCACUUUCUCCUUCAAAUUCUUCUUGUCUCUCUACUUCACACACCAACCUUUGCUGAGAUAAAGUCAUAUGUGGUAUACUUAGGAAGCCAUUCACAUGAUUCAGAAGAACUGUCUUCAGUUGACUUCAAUCGUGUUACGGAUUCUCACUAUGAGUUUCUAGGAUCUUUCUUGGGAAGUUCUAAAACAGCAAAAGAAUCGAUAUUUUACUCGUACACAAGGCACAUAAAUGGUUUUGCUGCAACUUUGGAAGAAGAAGUAGCAGCUGAGAUAGCAAAACAUCCAAAAGUGUUGUCAGUGUUUGAGAACAAUGGAAGGAAACUACACACGACUCAUUCAUGGGGGUUCAUGGGGUUGGAAGAUAGUUAUGGAGUGAUACCGUCCAGCUCAAUUUGGAACAAAGCUAGAUUUGGUGAUGGUAUCAUUAUAGCAAAUCUUGAUACAGGCGUUUGGCCUGAAUCAAAGAGCUUUAGUGAUGAAGGGUUUGGACCAAUUCCAUCAAAGUGGAGAGGAAUAUGUGAUAAGGGGAGGGAUCCUAGUUUUCACUGCAACAGGAAACUGAUUGGAGCAAGGUAUUUCAACAAAGGCUAUGCUUCGAGACUAACUGUCCCACUAAAUUCUUCCUUUGAAACACCUCGUGACAAUGAAGGUCAUGGAUCUCAUACUUUAUCAACAGCCGGUGGAAACAUGGUACCUGGAGUCAGUGUCUUCGGUCAAGGCUAUGGAACAGCAAAGGGUGGUUCACCAAAAGCAAGAGUUGCAUCAUACAAAGUUUGUUGGCCUCCAAUUAAUGGCGACGAGUGCUUUGAUGCAGACAUACUUGCAGCAUUUGAUGCAGCUAUCCAUGAUGGUGUUGAUGUCUUGUCUGUGUCACUUGGUGGCUCUGCUUCUAACCUUUUCAAUGAUAGUGUUGCUAUUGGAUCUUUCCAUGCUGCUAAGAAAGGUAUUGUUGUUGUUUGCUCUGCUGGCAAUAGUGGACCAAAUGAUGCUACUGCAUCAAAUCUAGCUCCUUGGUAUAUCACAGUUGGUGCCAGCACAAUGGAUAGAGAGUUCCCUAGUUAUGUUGUUCUUGGUAACAAUUUAACCUUCAAGGGAGAAAGCUUAUCAGCUGCCAGAUUAGCAGACAAGUUCUACCCAAUUAUUAAAGCAACAGAUGCUAAAUUGGCAAGUGCAACAAAUGAAGAUGCCGUACUUUGCCAGAAUGGAACUCUGGACCCCAAGAAGGUGAAGGGUAAGAUAGUAUUAUGCCUGAGAGGAAUAAAUGCAAGAGUGGACAAGGGAGAGCAAGCUCUUCUAGCUGGUGCAGUAGGAAUGGUCCUUGCCAAUGAUAAGACUACUGGAAAUGAAAUUAUAGCUGAUCCUCAUGUUCUUCCUGCUUCUCACAUCAAUUUCUCUGAUGGUGUAGAAGUCUUUCAUUAUGUCAACUCUUCCAAGUCUCCAGUGGCUUAUAUUACACAUCCAACAACAAAAUUGCAUACUAAGCCAGCCCCUUUCAUGGCAGCAUUUUCCUCCAAAGGACCAAAUACUAUUAUACCUGAGAUUCUAAAGCCUGAUAUCACUGCACCAGGAGUGUCGGUUAUAGCAGCCUACACUGAAGCUGAAGGGCCAACUAAUCAAGAGUUUGACAAUCGCCGAAUUCAAUUUAACUCAGUCUCCGGCACGUCCAUGUCAUGCCCUCACAUUUCGGGAAUUGUAGGCCUUUUGAGAUCCUUGUAUCCUUCUUGGACUCCUGCUGCUAUUAAAUCAGCUAUCAUGACAACAGCUACAACAUUAGACAAUAAGGCAGAACCAAUUAUGAAUGCUACUAAAAGCCAAGCUACGCCGUUUAGCUACGGAGCAGGACAUGUUCAACCAAACAGUGCAAUGGAUCCUGGUCUUGUUUAUGACAUAACAACGAAUGAUUACUUCAACUUCUUAUGUGCAUUAGGCUAUAAUGAAACACAAAUGUCAUUAUUUUCAAAAGGUCCUUACAAAUGCCAUAAGAAUUUUAGUAUCCUCAACCUAAACUAUCCUUCAAUCACCGUUCCAAAUCUCUCUGGGUCAGUGACAGUUACAAGGACAUUAAAAAAUGUUGGUGCUCCAGGAACAUACAUUGUUCAUGUUCAGAGCCCAAGUGGGAUCACUAUUUCUGUGAAGCCAAAUAUAUUGGAGUUCAAAAAAGUUGGUGAAGAGAAGAGGUUUGAAGUAAAAUUGAAAGUAAAGAAAGGAAAAGCAACAAAGAGUUAUGUGUUUGGAAAGAUGAUUUGGUCAGAUGGGAAGCAUUAUGUUAAGAGUCCAUUAGUUGUGAAAGCUGUUUAGGUAGCUAGAAAAUUGAAGUGAUUUAAUGGCUAAUUUGCAUUUCAAGUUGAUUGGUGGCUUUAUUCUAAAUUGUAUCAUAUAUAGCCACUAAUUAAAUUUUCGCUUCUGGGAAUUUUCUCUUGCUAUGAUUGAUAGGAAUGACUGUGUAAGAGAAAAUAGAAUAAUUGAAUAAUAAUAACGUAGUUGAUUUUCUUUUACACA